AUAAGGCAGCUCUCCCAGCGGGAAGAAUUCCUUGCGAAGGCUGCGACAUCGUCGUAUGAAUCCAGGAAGCGCGUCGCAGAUGCUUUCAAUCAGAAGCACGCAGCGAGAAUGUUUAAGGGAGAGUACAGGAAAGGGGAGUUGGUGUUAGUCUCAAACGAGCGCAUGAAGAUGCAACACGACAUGAAAGGGCACCUUAGAUGGUUUGGUCCUUAUGUCGUCGUCAAGAGAUUGCAGUCUGGCGCGUUCAUACUGCAGGAGUUAGAUGGGACGACUCUUAAGCGCCCAGUUGCGUGGAAGAGAAUCAAGCUCUACCACUUCCGUAAGAGCACGGAGCCCGUUAUUCGGAAUGUGCGUCUCAUGCCAGAGGACGAGCAGUUUGAUGACGACAAUGAGGGAACGAACGAAGUAAACGUCGUCAAAGCCAAGAGAGUAGGACUGCCACAUCCCUGGGAGCUUAAGGGACGGGAAGCAGAGAAGUAUUGGGCGGACAAGCAUAGGAGGAUGAAGCUGAGAAUCAGCGAUCCCAGCAACCCUGAGCUUGCGAUCGCGAGCCAAGCAGACCAAGAGUUAGAGAAGUUUAUCGAGGAAGAUGCCCAGUUUUGGGACUUUAGGCACGAGACGUAUCCGGGUGAAGAUGGGGAGUUGGUCAGAUUCAAGAAUAAACCGAGCGGGCGGCCAGAACUCUAUGAGUGGAAUCCGUACGGCCCGCGUGGUUACUUCAUGCCCUGGCACUCCUUCCCGAUCGUCGUGGAUUCAGAGCAGAAAAGUUCAGAUCAGAUGUUAGGGUUGGGCGACCCAGAGAUAGAAGUCGUAGCGCCCUCGGAACCGAAGCUAAGCGCAGCGCAGCCACCAAUUCAGAAUGGCGGCAACGUGAUCGAACUCGUUGAGACACAGACUAUGCCAUCUAUGGAGACGGUCUCAGAUGAGAACGGGAGCAUAAAAACGCGCAGUUUUUCUUUUGAGUGCAACGUGGCAGAGAGCAGUCACCCCAACGACUCAGGGAGAGUGAACGCUGCGAGAGCCUCUAAGCCAGACAGGAAUUUUCCAAUGCAACGAGGAUCCGCGUACCAGAAAGGAAGUCGUGGAUUAGGAGGACUGUCAGGUCCGCCCCAUCUUCGACCUCCUGUACCUGGGCGAAAUUCCUCACCUCCUAGAAUCGCGCCCACGGAGCCUAAGUUUGAGCGUGAGAUAGCUCAGAAGAUCGAUAACUACGCAGCGGAAGUGGCCCAAUUGAGACGAGAACUAGAGGCGGAGAGGCGAAGGAAUGCGACACCCCCACUGAACCAGGGACCCAUCUCCUCCUCGCCGAAGUCGAAAGAGAGAACACCAGAUCUGAACACGAGUAGGCGAGCGAAUAAGAGGAGGCGGGGCAACUCACCUAAGGAUGGUGAUUGGAAGAAGCGCGAUGGACCGUGGACGGCGCGGGCCUCCCCACUGACUGAUGAGCCGAAGGACGAACGUUCCUUUGCCGACGUGAUAAGAGAGGAGCAACAACGAGAGAAAGAGGACGAGAAGAAGAGGCAGGCAGAUGAUGAGAGGACGGCAGAGAAGAACAAAGUUAGGGAGUCACUGAAGCGGGCCCCCCACAUGCCGAUGAUAGCGGCCAGUAGAGAUGUUGUGGACUGUAUCGUGGAGGCUAGGGAACGGACGGACGAGCUACUGGAGAUGGGGCGGAACUUCAAGAGUGAACAUGAUGAGCGGGUUAAGCUUUUAUACGAAGCCUUGAAGGAACAGGAAACUCUCAUUUACCAUCUCAACGAGCGGACUACGACGUUGAUGGGUGGACUUAGGGAAUCGGGCACGAAGAUCCAACUCAUGCACGAUCGGUUCCAGCUCCAAUUCACGAGAACGGCAGAUGCGGCACGCGCGGUGGAGAAGAUGUUCACUGCGACUCACGAAGAAGAGUUGACGAACGACGAUUAUUAUUUCAUCGUCCUGGAAUGUCUAGGGGUAAUGCAACGUAGGAUAGGAGACGGAAUCUCUACGACGGAUUUUCGAUACCGCAACUUUGUUGCAUACACGCGGUUGUUAUGGGAUGCGUGGGGGACGAUAUUCCCACUCCCUUCCAUCCUACCACCCAUGGACUAUACCGAGUUGGACUUGGCGCAAGAGCAGUUUCGUCGGGAGAGGUCGGCAGAACGAGAGAUGGAGGCAAGGAGAGUCGUGAGGAAUCAGAGGGCGAAGGAGAAGUUGGAAAAGGAGAAGAAAGAGGCGUUGAAAGGGAAGGAGAAAGAACAGAUCAGGGAAAGGGACGAGGUGAGGCCUUUGGAGGCCGAAACCUCGGGGUCCGCGAAGGGGAAGUUGUCCUUCAAGGACGACCAAAUGAUGAGUGGUGAGGCGAAUAGGUCGGCCGCAGGAGGCAGGAAGUCCAAGAAGACUAGGACUUAGUGGAGAAAGCUAUACCAUGUACGAUAGGUUGAGGACGGGAAAUUGUUUGGAAAUAUUUAUACGGGGAUGGGGAGAUAUUUAUGUUUGGACUCAAGUUGUUAACGCUCGCAGGACGAGCAAGGAACCUCAAGCGCAUUGUGAGGGACCACAAUAAGAG